UGCGGAGUAUGGGAACACCAAGCUUUCACACGCUUUGCGCAUGAGACGAUCCUAUUGGAUGAGCAGGGCAGAGGAUUUAAGUGAUGAGAGAGAGGGAGAGAGAGAUCUACCAUCUAUCCAACCAACAGCAGAGACAACGUUACCAGACUUCAGAUGCCUUCACAGAAAACGCGCGUCUGUCGGCUGUGAGGAUUAUUAUCAUUAUUUUUUUAAAUAUUCUUUCUUAAAUUACAUCGAAUAUUUUCGUGACACCGAAAGCAAGAUUAAAGAUUGAAAGGUUUCAUGCCAUUUCAUAGCACGUGGACAGCUUAUUUACGAGCCUGGGGGCUGUGCGUCUUCCUCCCUGUGAUGGAGGAGUGCGGUGCUGGUGCAUCGGUGGAAAUGAGCGAGAGGCGCAGAGGAGAUAAUCAAUGAACAACACGGGAGCUAUUGUGCGUUUGGGCAAGGUCAGAGCCUAACCUGGGACAGGAUUAUGUCCAUGUGGAGACGGCAAGGGCGGACUUUUAUGUUUCCUCUCUGGGGACGAGGUUGGCAGGGGAUGUCCCCUGAAAACCAAGAGUUUCUCUCUGUGCGUUGGCUCGCAGAAGCAGCGAAAAUCCCUCCAUUUGCGUGAUCAUGGUUGAGAUUAUUAUCUGACGACCUGCAAGCUGCGCGGCUUCUCUGCUCUCACCCUCACCUGAGAGAUAAAGUUUCCUCGCUGUGCUCGACGGCUGGAUAAUUUAUCCGCUAAUUGAUUCGUUUAUUGAAGCCAGUUAAGGUGGUUUAGAGGCUGCAGGUUAGAGGAGCAGCGGUGGGGGGUGUAUUGGAUUCCGUCAGAGCUGCGGCCAGCUGUGUUUCUGGACGGUCACAUCUGUCGUUGUCGUCGGCGCUGUCCAUGGUGCUGAACUCGUGUUCCAGGGAUGGUGGAGACCCUGAGUAUUGCAGUGAUCGGUGCUCCCGGAGUGGGUAAAACUUCUAUAAUCCGCCAGUUCAUUUAUAAUGAUUUCUCGGAGGUUUACACGCCGACCAGGACCAGAUAUGUGUACAGACCCUCCGUCAUACUGAACGGGAUCAUGUAUGAGCUGAAAAUUUUGGACGUCCCACCAAUCUCCUCUUUUCCAGCAAGCGCCAGUCAGGAAUGGCUGGAUUUACGCUGCAGAGGGGUUCGCAAUGCCAACGCUUACAUACUGGUGUACGACAUCUGUUGUGUGGAGAGCUUUGAAUACGUCAAAAUGAUCAGACAGCAGAUUGUAGAGAACAGGGAAGGCAGCAGCAGCGAGGUGCCAAUCCUGGUGGUGGGUAACAAGAGAGAUUUGCAACGACAGCGUUUCAUGCCUCGCAGGGCGGUGUCGGUUCUGGUGAAGAAAACCUGGAAGUGUGGUUAUGUGGAGUGCUCUGCAAAGUUUAACUGGCACGUAGUCCUGCUCUUCAAGGAGCUUCUGGGCAUUGCUGUGGCAAGGGGAAUGCGCCAGAACCACACCUCCAUCCGUCUGCAAGGGGCACUACAGAGGAAUCGCUGCACCAUCAUGUGACCCUGAGAGUUCCCUCCACCCGUCUCAACUCUGGAGUGGAGCGGCCCUGGAGAAAAGGACCUUAUAUCGAAAUGGCUGGAAAAAUACCCCGUGGCCUCCUGCUUAACUGAGCUGACUUUUCAUAAUGAGGUUUAUUAGACUUUUGCGCUGUAAAAGACACUAAAAUUUCACUCAUGGUCAUCCAGCUACUUCCUGGUCAAAUAAUGCCCACUGUGUAGAAACAAAGAAAGUUCAAACCAAUAACUAAACCAUAGAACAGUUAUUUUUUCUCACAUCAGCUUGAAGUCUAAGCAUUUCGAGCUGUGCUUCCCAAUGUGACAUAGCAGUAGGCCUGUAGCCAGGCCUGACAGAAUGGAAGCUGUUUGCAAGACCCAGAGUUUGGAAGCAGCAAUAUCAUCCAGUCUUCCCUCAGAAAUGUUCACAUUCAGUAAGGUCAACAACACAUUUAGAUUUAUUUUAAGGCCAAUGAUCUGCAAGAUGGAAUAGCAAAGAGCAAAAGUAUUCACUUAUGUAUAAAGAAAGAUAUAAGAUAGCAUUAAUCAAAGUAGACUGUAUUUUCUUUCUCUCUUUUCUUGUCCCUAAUACAUACUCAGCCUCCAGUAAAAAUAAAUAAGUAAAUUAAAAAAAUAAAAAAGCUGUUUAUUUUGACCCAAGGGUGUUUUAAGGUUGUCUUGCAGCAGAAAAUACUGCAGUCCCUUAUCAUCAUGUACUGUAGGGCUUUAAUCUGCUCCCUCCCCUCACUCAGAGUCUGUUUCUGAUGAAUACAUUAUAUCCAGGGAACUGGGGACCUGCAGGAGGCUGCCGAGCUUGAACCUCUUAUGGCAAUGUAGUUGUUUAUGUAGGUAUAUGUAUGUCUGUGUGUUUGGGCUUGGUUUACUAUAUUUGUAAGGCCAGACCAAAAUGCUGAAACCAUAGUUUUAGGAUUAGUAUUAGCAUUAAGUAAAGGUUAGAGGCGAGGGAAUGCUUGUUAGUGAUAGAUCCCCUCAAAGGUAGAUGUUCAAAUAUGUGUCUGUGUGUGAGUGUGUGAAAGAGAGAGCAAGUAAAGCAGACAGUGUGGGGCAGGUUUGAUAGGUGACAUUCAGACAAGGAAAAGGACAAAUGCAGCUAGAGGAGACAGAUGUUAAAGCUUUGGAUUGGAAAGGAGCAAUAAAAUCCUGCAGCGAUGUCCUGACUGACUAACAUGCCACUACAUUUUAUUAAAAAUGCCUCAUACUGUCACCUGGGCUCAGAUAUCCAGCAAAAAUAAGUAAACAGAGCUCAAUGACUUCCACAAACUGCCCCAUCACAGACACACAUGGAUCAUUAAUAAAGCUUUAAUAUCACUAUUGAUACCAUCUAAUGGGCAAUGUGAGCUGCUUUUCUUUUGAUUAGGCCAAGGUAGGUAAUUUCAUGAAUAUGGCUGCACUGAAAUAGGCAGACCUACUGUAUAUAAGAAUGAUACAUAAUCAAUUUGCAUGCUUUUGUUGGUAGAACCAACAGGUCAGGGUUUACUUGCACUGAUGUGAAAAGGUGAUAUUGUGUUUAAUUUUUGUAUUUCAUGGUUUUCUGACAGUGUUAUGUGCAGCUGAACGGAUGAAUGUGAUUGUUUUUUUUCAUUGGCAUGAAAGAGCAAAAGCUCUCUCCAUGAUGUACCGUAGUGUCGACCCUUCAGAGAAGCCAGUUGGUUGUGUUCCUUUUUUUUUUUUUUUUUUAGUUUUGUUUUUCUAGUAAAA